AUGGGAGUGUGUGUGGCUAAGCAAGCCACAGCACGAGAUGGGCAGAGCCCGGAGAAUGGUCGGAAAGCCACGUUGUCCGAUCAACUCACCAUCUCCCUGGACAGAGCCAAACAGAUGUCCUUCAACGCCGCCUCCACUCACGCUCGCUACCACAAUGGUCGCAAGCUGGAGGAGGAUUAUGAGGUGAACUUCAAGAAGGUGCUGGGGGAAGGCUGCAGUGGCUUAGUCGUCAUGGCCAAAGGCCGCCACGAUGGACGCAAGUACGCAUUGAAGAGAAUUCACAAGCUCAAGGUGCAGGCCAAGGUGUUGAAGCAGUUGACAGCAGAGGUGGAGAUCUAUUUGAUGCUUGAUCAUCCUCACAUCGCUGCUCUGAGAGAUGUCUAUGAAAACGAUAGCGAGAUCGCAUUGCUCACGGAGUGCUGUGAGGGCGGUGAGCUCUACUCCCGCCUUUCCAGCAGCGGGACCUACGCAGAGCCAGAUGCGGCGGAGGCCACGAAUCAGAUGCUGCUGGCGGUGGGUUACCUGCACGCGCACCACGUGGUGCAUCGGGACUUGAAGUUGGAGAACUUCCUCUAUGAGACCACGGAGGCCAAUAGCUGCCUGAAGCUCAUCGACUUUGGCUUCGCCAAGAUUUGGGACCCCUCCACCCUGAUGAUGGCCUCCUGUGGUAGCAUUGCUUAUGUGAGCCCGGAUGUCCUCAAGGGAGAAGGCUACACCAGCAAGUGCGACCUUUGGAGCUUGGGGGUCAUCGUCUUCAUGCUCCUCGUGGGGUAUCCGCCUUUCCACGGCAGCGAGAAGGACAUGCGCACCAAUAUCCUGGCAGCAAGCGUUGACUGGAGCCACAAGAGCCGAUGGCGCAAGGUGUCGGAGGACGCGGUGGAUUUCGUGAAGUGCCUCCUGACGAGGGAACCUUCACAGCGCAUGGACGUCGCGGAGGCAUUGAGCCAUCGGUGGAUCAAAGCGCGGAACACCAAAGGCCGAAGACCCUCCUUGGACAAGGAGUGCCUCCGGUCGCUCCGGCACUACGCGGACACCAGCCGCGUGCGCCGGGCUGUGCUGCAGUUGUUGGCGCAGGAGCUGGCACCUGAGGAGACCAAAGACCUCAGAGACAUGUUCUUGAGCCUCGACUCCACCGGAGAGGGUACCAUCUCCCUGUCGGAGCUAAAGCAGGCCAUUCGCGGUGAGGAGGAGCCCGUCAGCGAGGCCAGUGGCAACUCCCCCAAGUCCCCCAAGACCCCGGCGGCGCGCCUGAGACGCGCCAAGUCCGAGGUCAUCGGCAGCCUCUUCGAGGUUCUAGACGCCAACGGUGACGAGCAAGUCUACUACUCGGACUUCUUGGCCGCCACCAUGGACGUCCGCAAGCAGAUCCGGCAGGAGGCGGUUUUGUCAGCCUUCAACCGCCUGGAUGCGGAUGGGUCCGGGUCCAUCAGCGCAGAGGACCUGAGAAAAGUGAUCGGGGAGACCUUCGAAGGCGUGAACGUGGAGCUUCUUGUGCGGGAAGCUGACGCGGCUUGCAAAGGAGAGCUCACCUUCCAGGACUUCCUGGGGCUGCUGGAGGCCACCGAUGCCUCGGUGUCCCCCAAGGCCCGGCAAAGAGCUGGCAUUCAGCCCUCUUUCUACCUACAGCCGCACGUGGUGCCCUGA